AUGUCACGUCGAUCAUUUCAGGUACGGCCCAUAGGCCAAUCAUCGUGGUGGAUCGAGUCAAUCGCAGCGUCCGUUCCUCUUGAGAAGCAAAAGUUUGCAGGGAUAGCCAAUCGGACGUUUUUCUGUCACGGUGGGGAAGCGCGCCAUCGACCUGCACAUCGUUUUAUGUAUGCAAGUGUCUCCUUCAACACGGCCCAGUCUGCCUUUCUCCUCAAUUCUCGGCGCCCUGGUGCGAGUGAAGGCUUUGGGCAUAUUUUGUGGUACGGCGCCACCAAGCCAGUAGCCGCGUCCGGUGGCGCGAAGCGUCGUGCAAGAACCUUAACAGCAACGCAGCUGCAGAGAAUGAAUAUUGACGCUCGACGGAACAAAGCAGCUGUGGUUGAAGAGAGGAGACGUCGCCGUCGAUGGAAGAGUUGA